ACGAGAGGAACGAAGGGCAAUGGAUUCUUUUGUUACGAAAUAAAGUACUGAAUUUGAGAAAUCUGCAGAUAGGGGAAUUUUUGGUGAAACAAUCUCAUAAUUCACAGAUUUCAACAGCAUUAUACGCAUUCUCUCAAUGAAAUCAAAUGGAUGGAGCUAAACCUACUGACAUUGUCAUUCAUCUCCGCCAUUGUUUGUUGAAUAGCCACUUUCAUUUGCAACCUGUGUUAGAAUAUCUAGAACCGGUUUCUCCAACGCAACGACCAUGAUCACUUUUUCCGUUAAACCCCACUUCGGAUCUCGCCCGCAGAUCCACCACCACUCUCAGAGCAUCUUUAUUUCUAUCUACUGCUCAGUUUCUGAUAAUGGAUCCUUCAACAUCUCGUCCUGCAGUAGUUAUCGACAACGGCACCGGGUAUACUAAAAUGGGAUUUGCAGGUAACGUGGAACCAUCUUUUAUGGUUCCAACCGUAGUUGCUGUUAAUGAAUCAUUUAUAAACCAGGGUGGCCGUCGUCUGAUUAAGAGAAGCAGCAGCUGGCUAGCACAGCACAACGCUGGGGUGAUGGCUGAUCUUGAUCUUUAUAUAGGGGAAGAAGCCAUGUCUAAAUCAAGUACCCACAAUCUAAAAUAUCCGAUUAAACAAGGACAGGUGGAAAAUUGGGAUGCCAUGGAACAUUUUUGGCAGCAUUGUAUUUUUAAUUAUUUGCAGUGUGAUCCAGAGGAUCAUUACUUUUGUUUGACCGAGAGUCCACUGACUUUACCGGAGAGCAGAGAGUACACAGGUGAGAUUAUGUUCGAGACUUUCAAUGUUCCCGGGCUCUAUAUAGCAGUGAAGUCAGUGCUUGCUCUUGCGGCAGGGUGCAACGCAUCUAAGCGUGAAAUGACAGGCGUUGUAGUUGAUGUUGGAGAUGGAGCCACUCAUGUUGUACCUGUUGCAGAAGGCUAUGUUAUUGGGAGCAGCAUUAAAUCAAUUCCAGUUGCAGGAAAAGACGUUACUCUCUUCAUCCAGCAACUCAUGCGAGAAAGAGGAGAGCAGAUUUCACCUGAAGAUUCAUUUGAAGUAGCUCGAAAAGUUAAGGAAACUUAUUGUUACACAUCUUCUGACAUUGUCAAGGAGUUCAAUAAGCAUGACAACGAACCAUCCAAGUACAUUAAACAAUGGAAAGGUAUUAAACCAAAGACCGGGGCACCAUUCUCAUGUGAUAUUGGCUAUGAACGGUUUCUUGGACCUGAGAUUUUCUUCAAUCCGGAGAUAUACAAUAGCGACUAUAAGACUCCUUUGCCUGCUCUAAUAGACAAAUGUAUUCAGUCGGCACCCAUUGACACAAGAAGGGCCCUCUAUAAGAAUAUAGUGUUAUCUGGAGGAUCGACCAUGUUUAAAGAUUUCCAACGAAGGUUGCAACGUGACGUAAAGAAAAUUGUGAAUGCUCGUGUUCGUGCUUCUUAUGCAAGAUCUAAUAGGGAAGUAAAAGCACACCCAGUCGAAGUAAACGUAGUCAGCCAUCCUAUUCAGAGUUAUGCUGUAUGGUUUGGAGGCUCUGUACUUGCAUCAACACCGGAAUUUUACACGGCUUGCCGCACGAAAGCCGAGUACGAAGAAUAUGGGGCAAGUAUAUGCCGAACAAAUCCUGUAUUUAAGGGAAUGUAUUGAUACAAUGGCUCGUAUCCGAAAGCCAAAACACAGUCAUCCACAUCAUCGGUUUGGUUUGCGGAUCUCUUCUUCUUGGGUUGGUCUUCAUGUACAUUUUUGCAGGUUAGCUUUCUUAAGUGUACACUAGAUGUUAUGUUCGUUUUCUUUCAAGAAACCAAAAGAAAAAAAAGAUGAAUUCAGCAUUGUUCUCAGGGCUGAAAUGACUAGUUUGCCCUCAUAGACAUAGA